UCUCCCAUGCGCCCAAAGAGGCAAAGAAUGAUCGAUGGACUGGACCGAACUAGUUUGCGCUAGGCAGAGGGAGGACUUGACCCAUCCAGAAGCCUGAGCCGUCCAGAGGCCCCUGUCGCUGCUCGCCCUGCUUGCCGGCCUGCCUGCCUGCCUCAUGGAUAACUCGAUAGGUACAUACCCAUAGCCAUCAUCACCCAGUGCCUGCCAGCAAAGCACCCAUCCACCCAUCCCUCCAUCCAUCCAUUUAUCCAUCCCCUUCAUUGAAUCGUCGCACACUUUGUCGGUUCCGUCGUCGUAUCGCGUCGCGUCGCCCCCGAGUCUCUUGUACACUGACUACCCAAGUAACCAACUUGAUUGUACUGCUGUGCUGUUGUGCUGUGCUUUGUAUCGCGGCUACUGUUGGCGGGUCGCAAUUUCCAUGAAAUAAGCGAACCCAGCCCGCCCCCAUUGCAGCUAUCUUCCCCUAACACAGCUCUCACCUCACUUCACUCACCGCAUCUGGCCUCCUCUCUCUCUCUCUCACACACACUCUCUCUCCCUCUCACUCCACACAAGCUUUCCCCUCCCCUCACUCGCCAGCGUCCCCGCUGCACCGCCUCGACGCGCGCGCGCACCCUCGCCAGCACCCGGCCUUACAUUACAUAGUGCCCUCCUUUGCCGCCCGUCACUCCAGCCUUGUCUGUUGUUGCUGUUGCUUGCGCUGUGCAGUCCGCCAUCCCGACCCGAGUCGACAACCAGACGCCAUAGAGCUCCUGCCCACGCUGGGCCGCAUUUGCUGCUGCUGCUGCUGCUUACCUACAUACCUACCUACCUACCACCUUCACCACGCGACAGCCCCAACCUGAUCCCAGCCCCAUCGUCAACGUCACGCUGUAUUUCCCGCGCUUCUCCGUCUAUUCUGUCGCUCAAUCAUGAGCGAACAGACCCAACCCGCAGCCCUUGGCCGCCUAUCAUCCGAGAAGCCUGCCGCACCCGCUACCUCUGCGGACCAGCCCAACGGAGCCGCGGCUGCCAAUGCUACUUCUUCCCCUACUGACGGCCUCCCCGAAAACUCGCAAAAAACCACAUCCCAAUCUUCGCAACCCGCCGACGCCCCUGCCAUGCCUCCAUCCGAACCGAAGAAGAAACGAUCCUUCCUGAACAUCCCGCGUUCCCAUUCGCAAUCAAACGAAGAGCAGACGCCGACCGGUACUGGCCUUAGCGGCGCAACUGUAGGAGAUGCAGAAAGUGUCGGGCGCGGCUCCAAGCGUAGCUUCUUGGGAAAGAGACGGGCUGGCAGCAACGCCAGCAGCAAGCGCUCAAACCAGCAGCAACCCGCCUCUUCGGAGAAAGCAGAACACCCCCCGCCCGUUCCUUCUGCCGCCAACCAUGAGGGUUCCGUGAGGAGCAAAGCCAAGAAGUCCGGAGGUCUGUUGUCUUGCCUCCCAUGUUUCGCGCCCAAGGAUGAUGAUGCAGUCGGUGAAGAAUCACCCACGGAGAACGCAAAGCAGGCUGGAGCGGUGAAACCUGGGCGAACCUCCCAGCCCACCCCCGUGAAGAAACAAGAUCCGACUGCCGAAUCGAGUACUGCCGAUUCAAAGGACCCGUUGGAUGAAAAGGCGACUGGCGAGGCAUACGGUGACCGUCUCGAUAAACCCCACGGUGACGGUACUUCGGAAAGGCCUUCCAAUGACACGCCACAGAUCGUGACAAGAAGCUCGUCAAAGAAACAGCCAGGGGAGCAAGCUCUUCCGCUUCUACCCAACCAGCAAGGAAACCUGCAAACUAGUCAUCCGCAGAUCAAUGUGCAAACCCCGACUCCAAGCCCUACUCCUAAUCAACCGCGGCCCUCUCAUGAACAGGAGCAAAUUAUACAGGACCGUACUCAGUUGCAGGAGGAAAAAGACCAGGACAUUGAGAUGAAGGAUGUACCGCUUGCAGCGAACGAGGUCCGCCACGAGGGCGAAGAGGCUUCUGCCGAGGCUCAAGAUGAGUUGCCUCCAAAAGUCGAUCUGCCUCCUCCUCCGCCACUCGAACAGAGGCGAGAUGCAGUCCGUGAUCAAAUCACGGAUACCAGCAUGUCGGAGCCACAGCAAAAGUAUCUCCUGGGCCCAAUACGCCCCGAGUUCAAUGGCAAAAAAUGCUUGGUGUUGGAUCUGGACGAGACGCUAGUGCACAGUAGUUUCAAGGUUCUGGCCCAAGCCGAUUUCACCAUUCCUGUGGAGAUCGAGGGACAAUACCACAACGUGUACGUGAUCAAGCGACCUGGCGUGGAUCAAUUCAUGAAACGCGUUGGGGAAUUGUACGAAGUCGUCGUGUUUACUGCUUCUGUAUCUAAGUAUGGGGAUCCACUCCUCGACCAAUUAGAUAUCCAUGGUGUUGUACAUCACAGGUUAUUCCGAGAAAGUUGCUACAACCACCAAGGGAACUACGUCAAGGACCUCUCACAAAUCGGUCGAGACCUGAAGGACACCAUCAUCAUCGACAACUCCCCCACAUCGUAUAUCUUCCACCCUCAACAUGCGGUUCCGAUCAGCAGCUGGUUCUCUGAUGCUCACGACAACGAACUGCUCGACUUGAUACCCGUCCUCGAGGACCUUGCCGGUUCCCAAGUUAGCGAUGUGAGCUUGGUGCUCGAUGUUGGCCUCUAG